CAAUGAUAAGUAACAGAGGGGAGGCCUCUGGAAUUCCAAAAGCCAACAAAACGCCUCAAGCUGCAGUAGUCUAAUUUCUCGUCAAACAAGCAAUGGAGACAUGCACAAAGGAGGAUAACUCCAUUUCUGUUAUUAUUUCCAACCCAAAAGUUCUCGACUGCUACAACUGUUUGCUACCCUUAACUAUUCCAGUCUUUCAGUGUGAUAAUGGUCAUACUGUUUGCUCUACCUGCUGUCUUCAGCUUAGGAACAAGUGUAUUAUCAAUUGUUCCUUAUGCAUUAGAUCGAAACGUUGUAAAGCCAUAGAGAAUAUUCUGCAAUCUAUGGAAAUGUCAUGUCCAAAUCAAAUUUAUGGUUGCACGGAGACAAUAAGUUAUUGUGGAAAGAGAAAGCAUGAAGAAGAAUGCACCUAUGCACCAUGUUACUGUCCCCUUUCAGGUUGCAACUUUGUUGCUUCAGCAUAUUUGUUGUCUGACCAUUUCCGCCGUAAACACGGGGAUUCUCAGAUCAAAUUUUCUUAUGGUCACUCCUUCAUUGUCUCCUUGAAGUCCAAUGAUGAAACCACUAUUCUUCAAGAAAAAUAUUCUGGCAAAUUGUUUAUUCUCAAUAAUAGUACUACCCUUUUGGGAAAUUCAGUCAGUAUUAGCUGCAUUGGUCCUAACUCUUUUGAGGCUGAAUAUGUUUACGAUAUAUUGGCUAGGUUCAAAAACUGCAGUCUAAAAUUGCAUUCUUUGUUGAAGACAGUCAGGAGUGUUACUCUAGCAAGUCAAUCAUCAGAUUUCCUUGUGAUUCCAUCUUGUUAUUUUGGUUCUUCUAAAUUUGUCAAGCUAGAAAUUUGCAUAACCCCCAAGAUAAAAAUCUUUGUGUUUGAUCUGAUUAGAAAGAGGACAUCCACAUCCCUGAAGGUGAAGAGUUCAGACACAAUAGCCAAUGUGAAAGAGGAGAUUUUUGUUAAAAUUGGGAUCCCAGUCGACCAGCAAAGCCUGAUCUUUGACAGUAAACAACUAGAUGACCUCCGUACCAUCGCGGAUUACGAAAUCCAAGAUAAUUCAACCCUCGACCUCGCCUUCCGCCUUGGUGGUCGACCAUUAUCAUGAAGAGAAUCAUCCUAUAAGUAGAGAAUCAGAUUUAAGCUUUGUUGGUGUCCAAAAGAUUUGGUAGUCACACUCAUCUAAGCAUAGGUGGUUGUAUGCAUGUUUAAAUUUUACUAUUGUUAGUUGCUGAACUUUUUGCUGAAGGUAUUGCUGUUGCAAUUGGAUUUUUUUCUUUUAUCGUGUUGUUGCUGGACUUUUUGUUUUUGUUGUUGUAUUGA